AAUAAUUUAAACUCAGCAUGGGCUGUUCAGGUAGUAAGAACAAAAACAAAAACAAAAAGAAUAAGAAGGAUGAGGAUAAGAAGAAUUUAGAGCAGAAUAAUAAGAAAGAAAAAGAAAAGUCAGAAAACUCUAAAGAUCAUAACCAAGAGGAGAGAAAGAAACUCCCCCUUCGAAAAGACUCCAAUCCCUCAGUCGACAAGAACAGUACCUAACAAAACCGUCAAAAAGCCACCUAAGCGGCCAGCUGCCAGGCCCAAAUACAACAAAAAUGCUGAUUCCCUUCUAGAUAGCAGUGACAGCAGAUAUUUGUCAGAGAGUCAGAAGGAGUAUUCGGUAGAAAGUAGUGCGGUUGAUGAGCAUUGAGAGGAAAGUGAGAAUUUGGUAAUCAACA